CUUGCAAAAAUCUAUCACCACAUAGGCAUGUAUGGGAAGGCCGAAGGGCUGCUGCUGGAAAGGCUGAGCGUGGUAAAGGACUCUUUUGCAAAAGGAGAUCCGAGAACCCUUGCACUAGCCGAGCUGCUGACGAGCACUCUCUCCUAUCAACGCAAAUUCAACGAAGCAGAGGAGUAUGCCGCGAGCGUUCUUGAUAUCAGGAUGAAAUGUCGACCAGAUGAUAAGCGAGAGCUACUCAAAUGCAGAGGGGCUCUGGCAUGGAUCUGGCAGCAUAACCAGAAGAUGGAAAAAGCCGAGACGGAGGGUAAAGCGGUAUUGGAUACGAGGCUGGUGAAAUUUGGCCCUGAUGACCUGGAUACGCUCUCUAGCUACAACGCCCAAGGCUGCAUCUACCUGGCUCAAGGAAAGCUCGAAGCCGCGGAAGAAUUGCUCCUGAAGGCCGUCGAUGGGAGAACGAAGCGUCUUGGCCCCACGCACCCGUCGACGCUCAACUCGCUUACGAAUUUAUCCAUGGUCUUUGCAUCCCAGGAGCGCUGGGAGGAGGCCAUCUCCAAAAGCAAGGGGAUUCUCAAAGCCCAGGAAGCACAGCUAGGCGGGAGCCACAUUGCGACGCUGAUAAGCGUCGCCAACCUUUUGCAGAUAUUUAAUUACGGCCCGAAGGAUAUUGGUUCCUUGAACGAAGCCGCUCGUCUCCAGAUCCGGCUG